AUGGCUCAUGAGAAAUCAGCUUCUUCAACAACUCCACCUGGCAUAGGGGUGCAUAACGAAGACGUGCAUUCCAAUCAGUUGCAUCCCCAUCACCACCUCCACGCGCCGGAAACCUAUCGCCCCACAACAGUUGAGGGUCAGCCAGCAUAUGCCGAACAUGGAGCUCUGGUCGAUCAUAAAAUUCCCCAGGAGGACACUGUGCAGGCAGCACCUGACCUUCUUUGGAGUCGAGUUCGCCACUUCAUGAGAGAACCAUUUUCUGAAUUCUUUGGUGUUUUCAUCCUCAUUUUGUUCGGUGAUGGCGUCGUUGCUCAGGUUGUUCUUUCUGAUGGGACCAAAGGUGAUUACCAAUCCAUCUCUUGGGGUUGGGGGAUUGGUGUCAUGCUGGGAGUAUACACAUCCGGUAUAAGUGGAGCGCAUAUCAAUCCAGCAGUCACACUUGCCAACUGUGUAUAUCGAAAGGUCCCUUGGCGAAAAUUCCCAGUGUACAUGGUUGCACAGGUCCUAGGGGCCAUGGCGGCAUCGGCCAUCGUUUAUGCCAACUACCGAUCUGCGAUUGAUGUUUUCGAAGGCGGAUCAAACAUCAGAACAGUCCCAGGGUACUCGGAGACGGCAACUGCGGGUAUAUUCUGCACCUACCCGGCCCCAUUCAUGACAACCACAGGCCAAUUCUUCUCCGAGUUCAUCGCGAGCACACUGCUCAUGUUCUUGAUAUAUGCCCUUCAAGAUGACGGCAACCUUGGAGCCGGGCCCUUGACACCCCUAGCACUCUUCUUUGUCAUCUUUGGAAUCGGCGCCUGUUUCGGCUGGGAAACAGGAUAUGCAAUCAAUCUUGCAAGAGACUUUGGGCCGAGGCUGGUGUCUUAUAUGAUCGGAUACGGCCCAGAGGUGUGGCGAGCAGGGAACUAUUAUUUUUGGGUUCCAAUGGUGGCACCAUUCUGUGGGUGUCUCUUCGGCGGUUGGCUAUACGACACCUUCCUCUUCACUGGCGAGUCUCCGAUCAAUACCCCCGCCAUGGGCUUGAAGCGAUUUUUGCAGCCCAACAGAAAAACUUGGUCAAACACGUAUAACACUGCAGUGUGA